GGAACCUGCCACUCUAUCUCCAAAAUAGCUAUAGCUAUGGCUUUAGCCGAGUAGCAAAAUUGUAGAUGACUUUGUUAACUUUGCUGAGGUGCUCUGCUCUUCUCCUGUUAUGGCGACAACGUAUCCUGCUGGUAUACGCUUACGAAUCAGUCUCCUUCUGGUAAGCUGGGAAAUCAACUGUCUGGCAAUGGCGAUUUCUUUCAAAAACAGUAGAGACUACAAGAUCUGCCUUAUCAAUUCGACUCAAGAAAUCGAGACGGCCGAGCGCGCUUGGGAUUUUCUCGAAGGCUUGUUCGUAAAAUCUAAUUUCCAUCAAUGAGGAAUUCUAGUAGUUUCGAAUGAUUUUUCCGGAUUACUUCUCCCGGACUUUACAGAUAAGGAGAAAAAUAUGAUUAAUGGCAUCAGUGAUGUACUUGUACACUGCCGAAUUCUACUUUGAUCAGUACUCAUUCUUACUACUGUUUUGCACUGUCCUAAUAUUUGCCAUAAUUGCAAAGUAUAGUUAUCUGACAUCAAUCAAAUAGCUCCCGAGCGGCAAUCGAUAUCUGUGUACAGAAUAGCAACAAGUCUUAACGGUCCCUUUGCACUGGUUCAACCUACAAUAAUCCAGCCUCGGCUAACGGAUGGGUGGUUGGCACCGCAGCAGAUUCUUUGUCACCCUGGCUGCACAACACAGAGUGGGUGCCUGCCUUUCUCCACUACAACGCCGACGAAUGGAAGCAGAAAGGCGGAAUCACGAUGAUCGAAUUUGGUUCUGCAGAGCCUUUCGAAGGUGCUAAGAUAAACAAGGCUGACAUCGUUUUCGAUCACAAAGAGUACGUCGAAGGAUUUUAACUGCACUCAAUGUAGACGAGUGUUUGGCUUGGCCGAUCCUCGAUAAUCUGGAAUGGUGUACGGGGUAUGGGAGCAAGUUUUGGAUACAUCGAGUUUCACUCAUUGUCAGCAGAAAGAAAGUUACACUGACCGGUACUAGAUACGUCAAUUACACGGGGCAAAGAGAUGAUACCAGGCAAUCUUCUUCGAGCUUGUGAAUAUGUUCAAGGUUUAUACGCAAGGUCCUGCAGUGCCACAUUGUU